CCGCCCUGUGCCGUCACCGCGUGUUUACCAUGUCCAUAAAAGCAGUAUUGUGGAGACCAAGGCUUUGUACCCACAGGAACUUAAUUGUGCACCGCAAGUGAAAGUUAAAGAAUAACAACACAACCAGUUGAGGCUCAAAUGUGUGAGCAAUUGUGUGCAGCAUUGAACGGGAAUAAUCUGCAAAAGCGACUGUAAAUCUGAGCUAGGUAGCUGGAUCAACUUCGUGUGGACAUUUUGUUUCAGCAUUAGUUUUGCUCAGGUUAAAGGAAGUUGAGCGCGUUUAUUCGUGACAUCAGCCCCAGCCGCGUCCAUGUUGUUGCUGUCAGAUCGUGUGGUGAAUGUCUGUGUCAAUGACUAGGAAGUAAAUGCAGCCAUCAAUACUCAAAUAAGACGAACUUGAUAACCAAUCAUCCUUUCAGUAUGGAAUGGGGGACUAAAAAGCCUGUCUUCUUCCAAUUGUCAUCAUCAUUGUCCAUCGUCUCGACACUUUUCCUCCUACUCUGCCUACACUGCUGCAUCGUCAAGGCAUGCUACCAAGACAGGAUUAAUCUGGACAGUUAUUCAUCGGAGACUGUCAUAACGUCCCUGUAUUAUCCAGACGACUACCCGCCAAACCUGGAGUGCGACUUUUACAUAACAGCCCCAGUGGGUCAGAGAGUGCGCAUCUAUUUCACCAGCUUUACUCUAGAGGCUGGCAGCACCUACAGUCAAUGCCGAUUUGAUUACGUCAAGAUUUUCGAUGGGGAUUCGGACGCGGACCCCGUGUUUGGUACGUUCUGCGGCACCAACGUGCCCCCCGCAAUUGUCUCCAGUGGCGAGCACCUCUACGCUUUUUUUCAGUCGGACGGGUCUGUGCAAGAGCCAGGAUUCAGGGCUGUCGUGCACAGCGUGGCUUCGAAUUAUCGAGAGCCCCUACCUUCUAGCUCCCCAGGAUCCUGCUACUCCGUCUUGGAAGAAGACUACGGCAACUUCUACAGCCCCGGCUAUCCUGGAGCCUAUGACCAUAGUGAGGAUUGCACUUUUAUCAUCAUCCUGCCCGACGAAAACGACCACGUCUUGCUGCGUUUUACGUCUUUUGAUUUGGAGCCGUCCCAGGGAUGCAUCUAUGACUACGUGGAGGUGCGUGACGGCGUGUCCCUGGCCACGCCCCUGCUCGGCCGAUUCUGCGGUGGCUUCGACAACGAACCGAGUGGCGUGAUGGAGUCGACCAGCCGGUCAAUGUACGUGUUGUUCCACACGGACAUCUCGGCGGCGUUCGAGGGGUUUUACGCCGAGUACGCAACCUCCAGCGUCGGUUUUACGCCAAGCACCAGGAACGACGAUGAGGAAUCGACGAUCUCAGUGUGCGACAUCAGCCGUGCAGUCAUAACUGAGAGAGGAGGCUUUGUCGUUUCCAACUACCACAGUGACACAACCUACGACCACCACUUGCGCUGCUCUGUCCAGAUUAUCGGCUCGCGGAGCUACGAGAGAGUGCACAUCUUGUUCCUGAACAUUGACCUUCCUGUGUCAUCAUCAGGCUGUGGUGGACAGUUAAGUGACUACAUUGAGGUCGUGGACGGACAAGCCGGUGAUAAUCCCACGACCCUGGGCACGCUCUGUGGGAACGACGAGGGUCGUUACACAUCUAGCAGCCCCUACGCCAUGAUCCGAUUUAGGACAGACGGCGCUUCCAAUGAUGGAUAUACGGGCUUCAAAGCUCUGUUUUCUGUUUUUUAUGAAGAUGCCUACGGCUGUGAAGACUCCGACUUUCAUUGUGACAAUGAUCGUUGCAUCGAUCCUUCUUUGGUGUGUGAUGGAUAUGACCAUUGUGGUGAUGACUCGGAUGAGGACAAGGGCUGUGAUGGGGAAGGGAAAGACCUUACUUGGCUCGUCAUUCUUGGCAUCGUGGCAGGCUGCCUCUUCUUGAUCCUUCUGGGCGUCUGCACAGCCUGCUGCUUCAUGAACAGCAAGGGAACAAGCAGUGCCCCUGGAAGCAGAACAGCGGCCACAAGCAGACCCACUGGCAAUGGAACAGCAGUGUCUGUGAUUUCCACACAGAAUGGCAUGAGGCAGCCAUACACCUAUCAGAACCCAGUGUUUAGCAAUGCUGCUAUGGCAACGGCACCACCGGCAACAGGUGGGCAGGGCAGGACCGAAGCCUUGCCACCCAAAUAUUCAGACAUCUGGAGGGACCCAGUCAACAUAGCCCCUCCCCAGGGUGGGGCAGGUGGUAGCCACGCCCUUCCACCAGCUCCAGUAGCUGCCAAUCUCUACACACAGCGAGAGAUGCCUGAUGCGGCCGCCACUGCCCCUAUGGAAGCAUCUGGGGGCCUAGCGGGACCCGUGCCUCCCCCAGCCCAAUUCCAAUUCACCCCGCCCUCUUCAGAGGGUGGGGUGGGAAUGGGCGGGGCUGAGGAACCUUUGGGUAGGGCACAGGUGAUCAGGCAACCGCGCGGAGGGACGCUGCCACCACUGAAGGGUGUACAGGGCAGACCGGCUGACACAACCUAGGGCAGACAGACAGACACAACCUAGAGCAGAAAGAAUCCCCACCCCCUGCACAUCAGUACGUUGGGGGACACUGCCACAACUGAAGGGUGUAAAGGGCAGACCGGCUGACACAACCUAGGGCAGACAGACAGACACAACCCAGAGCAGAGAGAAUCCCCACCCCCUACACAUCAGCAACGUGGAGGGGUACUGCCACCACUGAAGGGUGUAAAGGGCAGACCGGCUGACACAACUUAGGACAGACAGACAGACACAACCUAGAGCAGAGAGAAUCCCCACCCCCUACACAUCAAUAACACCGAGGGGCACUGCCACAACUGAAGGGUGUACAGGGCAGACCGGCUGACAAUACCUAGGGCAGACAGACAGACAGACACAACCCAAAGCAGAGAGAAUCCCACUCCCUACACAUCAAUGACCUUUCCCCAGUUACUUUGGGCUCAAUUUAUGAAAGACGUUCCGGAGAUGUCAAGCAUUUGCAUAUUUUUUUCAGUUCUGACUUGACUGUUGACAUGCUGAGCUAGAUUAUAAAUAUGUUUGAGGUUUUACACUAAAUUUUGUAGUUAAGAUGUAUAAAUUUUUUACUGCUUGUACAUAUUGAGUAGAUGGAGUACGAAGUUCUAUUUUUUUUUCAGUUCCGUCCAAAGAGAUUGUUUAACUUUGGUCAUAUAGGAUGUGGAUUGUUUUUUUAAUGUUUAUUUACGAUGCCGCAUGCAAUUUUGUGAGGUUUUUUUCCAUGAAUUUUCAUUAAUCGGGUUGAAAUAUGACUUAAAGUGUUGUGUCCACCAAUAUGUGACCAGGCUCCAACACUGUAACCUAAUGGUACUUUGUACAUUAUUAAUGGAGACAUGGAUCUCCAUUCAAAAGUUAUACUAUUUGUACUCUAGUCCUGAACCAUCAAAUCUCAACCUGGUUAAAUGGUACCCUGACUAGCAUCCUAUGGUUAAAGCCAUAGACAAAAAUCAGGGUCCCACCACUGAACAUCAACCUAAAGUUACUUGACUAUCUCUGGCAGUAAUACAUGCGUCUAUGGGAAGUGGCUUGCAGCCGCUUCCAUACAAGCAUGUGUAACUGAGCCGUAGCCAUUUAUUCUGAUGCAGCCUAACUCAUGCUGCCACCGUUUCAGUCAUGUUCCCUGUAUCCAAUAACAGUACUGAAUGAUAAUAUAUUUUGUGCAAAAAAGAACCAGACUAUUUUUCCUUCCAGCCUCGCUUCAGUUACGUUGAUUUGAAUGGGAAAAAAAUCACAAUGGCCGCAACAUGAUAAUGGUCUAUAGACGUGGGUUUGAGGUCACACGCUUAAAACCCCACAUUCCUUUAUUCCAGCCUAAAAAAAUUCAAAAGUAAUUUUGCUAUUUUGAUGUACCAUUAUGCUGUACCUCAAACCUAUGAGGGAACAGUCAACAUUGGUUAAAAAUGUUGCAUCGUGACGACACUUAUUUUCAUCAUGUAUUAUUUCUAUGAAGGUCAGUCAUUGCAAAAUGAGGGAAAAGACAUGAAUCUGGGACUGAGACACAAUUCUGAUUUUGUUAGAAAAUACUUUGAAAAUUACACUUGACUCCCCAUAGACUUUGUACACAGCCGAAGAAGUGGCGUCUGGAUACUACAUUCUUUCCCCAACAUUAAUUACGGAAUAAUGACCAAACAUUUUUUAAGAUGCUUUAUGCUCAUGUGCCUCGUUGACUGACAAAUCUAUGCGUGCAAACAGCAACUUCCAUUUUUUAGAUUUUGUACUUUUUUUCUUCAAAACUCUGCAAUAUGAGUAAUAUUUUUAAAUAAAAAAACUGUAAACAUUUAUGUAGUUUUAACUGGUUUUAAAGUUUAUACAUAUUUAAUAAAUACCAUAUAAAGUACUGGUAUAUAGAAAAGGCUAUUCACUGCACUUGGCUCCGAGGUAUACUAUGUUGUUUGAUAUGUUUUGAAAGAAUCAACAUCAUAUUUCCUUCUAAAUACUGUUUUUGUAUAAAGACGCUUUUCAGUAAAGGUCUUGUGAAAAUUUAUGCGUACAUUUUUUUAGAAAAAUAAAACAGAUUUGUUAUA